CAUAUACACACACAUACAGGUCAAAGCCAUGCAGCCUUUGGAAAGAGAGGAAAAACCUUUUCUAAGACACACCACUUCAAAGUGUUGUUAUUAGAAAAUCGGGAUCGGCAAUCAGAAUAUUUAAAAUGGACCUGGAUGAUAGCCCAGAUAAUCAAGUAAUCACGAGGAGAGGUAGAUACUUUGUCAAGAGGCGGGUCAACAGGGAACAUAAUAGUAAUUUCAAUGCCGGGUACAUCAACAUUGAUGAGCAGUAUCUCCACAGGACUGGGGUCAGAGGUCGUAAAGUCUACGUUCUGUAUUGCCUUAUCUUCGUUCUGCUUGUUCUAGCUCUGCUGAAUAUAAUGAUGACAGUUGGUAUCCUGUACAUGCUGAGAGUGAACACAGAAGGAGUAGAAAUGUUGGAGUUUAUCCCUGACAACAACCUGUUACGAUUUCUGGCAGAGACCACCUUUCCCUCUAUCAGUUUGUUCCAAGGUGGAGUUGGCAGCAGACAUGAUUCUUCAUUAGACAUAGAUUCUGGACAACAGAUUGUUAUAAAUGCAUCCUCUUUCAAGAAGAAAGAUGUUGAAGGACCAUCCAGCGGCUGA